AUGAGCACCCGAGACAACUACACCUUCGCCAACCAAGCCUCGAUCCCGGCGCCACUGGACAAACAGCUCCCAGCAUUCUUCCGCUCGUGGGACGACCCGCAUUCGGACAACGCCUACCUGAACAUGUUCGCCCCUCAGGGCCAGCUGGUGUUCGGCUCGACGACGACGGGCCGCGACGCCAUCCGCGCCUUUCGCGACGCCAUGAUCCACCCCACCAACGGGCCCGUCGUCGACCUCGAGCACACCCUGGGCCAGUGCUUCGUGCUGGCGGGCGGCCCCCCCGCCCCCGGGACGCAGGAGGUUGUCGUCAACGGGUCGCUGUGGUACAAGCUGCGCAACGGCCGCAGGAUCGACGUCGACUUUGCCAGCAUGAUCCGCUUCGCCGACCCGGGUGACGGGUCCGACAUGCAGGCCGAGUUCUAUGAGGUCUAUUUGGACGCGCAUGAGUUGAUGACGGCCAUCAAGGAGAUGAAUGAGGGAAAGUGA